AUGAGCUCGGCUCCAUCAACAAGAUCUGCUGGUAAGUUGUUGCUAUCUUUAACCGUUACGACUUCUUUAGGAGUUAAAAGACUGCUUCAAGAAGCCAAGGAACUGCAUAAGCCGACGUAUUUGUUCUACGCUCGUCCACUGGAAGAUAAUUUGUUUGAAUGGCACUUUACUUUCCGAGGUCCUCCUGAUACCGAUUUUGAAGGCGGAAUCUACCAUGGCCGUAUCAUUUUGCCCAACGAGUAUCCCAUGAAGCCUCCGAAUCUGGUGCUGCUAACAGUGAGUCGUUUGCGUUUUAUUGCUUUUUCAAAUUUUAGAAAAUGCUGGAUGUCAGGGGUAAUAUAAGUUAAUUUCAGCCGAAUGGUCGAUUUGAAACCAACACCAAGAUUUGUCUCAGCAUAUCCGGAUACCAUCCAGAGACUUGGUUACCUUCUUGGUCGAUUCGGACCGCAAUCUUGGCGCUGAUCGGCUUUUUUCCAACAGAGGGAGGGGGAGCUCUCGGCUCGAUCGAAUGCUCAUCCGAAGUCAGAAAACGACUGGCUAAACAGUAAGUGGCUGAUGAAUUAUGUCUCUGUUCAUGUUUAGAGAGCGCAAGUAACUGAUCUUGAUUGGAAUUUGACCAUCGAAACAUUAUUUUUAUCAAGUACAAUAUACAUUUUUAGAUCAGUUGAGUCACAUUGCGAUGUCUGCGGCUGCUCGUUGAAGGAUAUGCUUCUCCCCACCGAUGAGGUCGAUUCCGCAGCUGGCCCGGCUUCUCCAAGUUCAGAGGACAGCAAACCAACUCCAUCUUCCACCGAGUCGACUUCAGAAGCCCAGCCAUCGGAAUCCCCUCGGCAACCUUCAGAAAGCGUCCCCAACACUCCGAUUACUCGUCAACCGACGUCAGCGGCUAAUACUCCGGCUGGUAGCGUCCAAAAUUCACGACCAAGGCCUCAUUCUUCGAUUCCUUUGAGUCUUUUUGCCUUUGGAAUUUGCGUCUCUUUCGCUGCCUUUGUUGGCCUACUGGCUCGUCGAUUAACUUUCUAA